AUGUUCAACCUGAAGAACUACCGCAAGUACUUUAAUGUGGACACUCAGGAUGUGCUGAUCAGAAUGAAGGACUCUGUGGUGGGCGCCCUGAAGCCGGACUUCUUCGAGAAGACGACAGACAAUGCAGACCUGUAUGGGCCGUUCUGGAUUGCAACCACGCUGGUUUUUGUGACGGCAGUGACUGGGAACUAUGCAUCCUAUGUGUCGUACCACCACAAGCAUGCAGCAGCCACUGGCAGCGAGACACAGGCCUGGUACUAUGACAUCGACAAGGUGGGCUACAGCGCCAUUGUGUUCUAUGGCUAUGUGGGUGUCAUCGGACUGACCCUGUGGGCCAUGCUCAAGUGGUGGUUCAAGUCCGACGUGGCUCUCGCGCAAGUCUGGUGCAUAUAUGGCUAUGCGUUGAGCAUCUACAUCCCCAUCUCCUUUGUAUGCGUGGUGCCCUACGAGGCAGUGCGGUGGGCCAUGAUUGCCGUUGCCACUGUGCUGUCGGGCCUCUUCCUGCUGCUCAACUUCAAGGGUCCUAUCUUUGAUGUGGCUGGUGCCAAGGCGUUCCCUGUGUGGCUUGGGCUGGGCGCGCUGCAUGUGGGCCUGGGCCUGGCGCUCAAGCUGUACUUCUUCCAGUACUGGAGCUCGUGA